UCCCCUCAGGCUGCCUCUCAUUAGCAUGAAUCAGGGGAAGGGCAUAAAAGACUCCAGUUCAUUUUGAGUCUGGAAAAUCUUUACUUCAAAAUGACAACUCAAGUGUUCUGGCUCCUCUGUUUUGUCAUUAGAUCAUCUUCUGGAUCCCUGCCCUAUGCUGAGAAACCCGGCCAGGCUCUCAGCAAAGACGUUUUUAGCUCAGCAGCAGCUGCUGCUGUUGAGGUGAAAGCUCCAGCGCAGGGCACGGGCAGUGCCAGCGGGAAUCCCAGGGCAGGCCGGCUCCAGGGAAUGCCUCCCGCCCACCCGCAGCGGCCAAAGCCCCCGAGAAUCCCCUCCCUCGCCUCCGACAAGAAGAAACGCGCGGAGCCUUCCCUGGAAAACAGCACAGGGCUGAGGAAGCACCUCGGGCAGCACGGAGGGCUCCUGGUCCUGGGCAGCCCGGCCCAGGGCGCUGCUCCCGGCCCGAGGGACGCCGGCCAGGCCAACAGGCCCCACACGGAGCGGCGGCGGGCCCAGGCUGCCAACAGCGUGUGGGCCCGCGGCCUGCGCACCGAGCCCGCCCACACAAAGGUGACGGCCCUGCUGCGAGCUCACCCUUCUCCAGACUCUGCAGCAGUGGUGUCAAACGAUCCUAACACGCUGCACCGCCUCAACCGAGCGGGGAAGGCAAUCCCCCACAAACACCCCGAUCCCUUCACGAGCAUCCCCAAACCUUCCUGGGUCACCAACCGCUGGGCGCCCGGCUCGAUGUACCUGGGCGUGCUGAGGAAAGAUGGUGACAAGGAGAAGAUGUGUCUGACAGAGUGCAGGAAGGAGCGGGAUGAAGUGGAGGCUUUCUGUGCCAGCGAGUUUGCAGUGAAUGGAAUUGUUUAUAACCUGGAAAGCCUGGGGAAUGGAGUCCAGUGGAUUACCCUCUUGGUAGACAGUGAUGGACUGUACAAGAUGAGUCGCCUCUAUGUCACUCCAGACGCCGCCUUCUUCCGAGUUCACAUCCUGGUUGUGGAUACUUUAAACUGCAGUAAACCAUGCCCAGACUUUAAACUUGGCAGCAGGUACAUCGUGAUGGGGCACAUCUACCACAAGCGCCGGCAGGUGCCCGCCGAGCUGCUGCCGGCCCUGGGCGGGCGGCUACGGCCAGGGGACGGCUGGGUCGGGAGCAGCAGCAGCUACGUGAGGAGAUUCAACAGGAAAAGGGAUCUCAGGGUGAGGGCAGCGCGCUCCAAGUGUCCAUAAGGCUCUGAGGGCUCCGUCCAGGAUGUGGGAGCAGCGGGAUCCACCCCCAGAACACACCUGGCUGUGGGCAGUGCUCCCGUCUGGAACCGCAAUCCAACACCUGCUUUUGUGCUUUAGCGAACACUGGGUGCCUCGAGCAGGCACCCUUGGUGAGGUUCAGCACAGAAGUCAGUCUAGGGAAUGUUAACUGGCCCUGAAUUUGCUCCAGCUGCUUUCAGAGCCACAGGUUAUUGUUGCUUCCCCUGCUGCAGUGUGCCCCAAAUAAUCUGUAGUAAGUGUAAUGCAAAAUUCUGGCAGCUUCAUCCUCAAUAGACAAAAACUGCACUUUGAACCCUUUACCUUGAACAGAUUAUAUGAUACCACAACUUUAUCUACACAGGAUGUUCACUGUGCUUUCACAGUUCUGCCUAAAGUAUCACAUGCAUUUGAUUUCAGAGAAACCAACACCACUAAGUACCAUUUGUAUUAUUUUUGCCUCCUCAACCAUGUCCAUGGUAUUUUUGAAAAUGACACCAUUAUUCCAGCAGAGCUGGAUGUUCACACAAAGCAUACAGAAUAGAGUGUAAUAAUUUGAGUAUAUGAACACACUGACUGAAAGCAAAUCAAGAACUGCAAAACACAAAUGGCCAGUUGCAUUUACAAGUGACAGCGCAGGGAAUGCAAAAUGAGCAUGGGCUGCAUACAGUGGGUGUGGCUGGGCACUUCAUCCCAGAGCUGUGCUGAAUGCCAUUCCCCAGGAGAAAUAUUGCCAAGCUUGUACUUGCACAAGAGUAAAGUUACUUUUUAAAUCAAAAAUACAGUAUUUUAAUACCUUUAAUGUGGUGAAAUUGAGAUGUUUGUUGUUCCCGGUCAGUAUUCACAGAUAAUAAGUCUGUAAAAGAAACUAAUAAAAUGCU